AUGGCCGACGCAACGACAGUCCCCAACGCUGUCCCAGCACCGACCAACGCCAAUGGCAACCUCCUUGACGAGAAGGCUCAGCUACUCACCGGCGAUCCCGCCGCUGCGACAUCACGACCGGAGUCCUUCCAUUCUGCUGCAGAGUCCAGUGUAGAGUUCCACGAUCCACGAGAGACGCCGGCGAGCAGUGCAAGGACAGUUGGGCAUAUCAUACCCGACACCGAGGAACAAGACUUCCCCAUCCCAACAAGUGGUCCCAUCAAAACACCCAUACCGAAGCCUACAACUCAGGCACCGCCCCAAGCGAAGUUGAGCGGCGAGCAAGAGUCGAAAUAUGCACAGGUCCUCGCCAAAGUCUCGACAUGGACAACUCUCCCCGCUUCAACGGCCAAGGACGCCGCCUCAGCACCUCUAACAGACGAUGAGCGUAUGUGGUUGAGCCGAGAAUGCCUCCUCCGCUACCUCCGCGCCACUAAGUGGAACACUGCCAAUGCCCUCAAACGUCUACAGAGCACGCUUAGUUGGCGUCGUGAGUACGGUGCCGACACCUUCACAUUCGACUACAUCUCACCCGAGAACGAGACGGGCAAGCAAGUCAUCGUCGGCUAUGACAACCAAGCCCGCCCCUGCCUCUACCUCAACCCGGGCAAACAAAACACCGAAAUGAGCGACCGCCAGAUCCACCACCUCUGCUUCAUGCUCGACCGCACAAUCGACAUGAUGCCCCCGGGUCAGGAAAACGCCUGCCUCAUCAUCAGCUUCAAGGGCGCGGCCAGCGGCAAAAUCCCCACUGUCGGCCAAGCCCGCGCCGUGCUCAACAUCCUGCAAGGCCACAACCCGGAACGCCUCGGCAAGGCUCUCAUCAACGAGCUGCCGUGGUACGUCAAGACGUUCUUCAAACUCAUCAGCCCCUUCAUCGACCCCGUGACGCGGGAUAAGAUGAACUUUGACCCGAAAGCGCGGGAGCACGUCCCGCCCGCGCAGUUGUUGAAGGAUGCGUAUGGCGAUCUGGAUUUUGAGUAUGAUCAUAAGACGUACUGGCCGGCGUUGCAGAAGUUGACGGAGGGACGGAGGGAGAGGAUGCGGGAGAGGUGGGUGAAGGGUGGGAAGAGGAUUGGGGAGUAUGAGGAGUAUUUGAAGGGUGGGGAGAGGAUGAGUUUGCAGCAGGAGUUGGAGGCGGUUGGAGGGACCGGGCAGGUGAGUGGCGCGAGUAGUCAGGUUGAUGGGGUCACGGAGGGUGUGCAAGGUAUGAGUGUGCGAUGA